AUUCCAAAAUGGCGGACGUAAUGCAGAAAACGUAAUUUCGGCCCUUUUUUUGAGGUAUACCUCAAUUUGAGUAAUGUAUUUAAGACAGAAAGGAUAAUGCAGUUUGAGGGUCUCGAGGUCCUGUAUUGUGCCAGUAAUCGUUCUUCAUGUUUGCAAAGAGGCUGAGUUAGAGACCGAAAACUUUGGUGCCGCCAAGAAUGCCAGAGCAUGUUCGGGUAAUAGAAUGGAGUCAUUUGGACAAAUACAAGUUUUACGCUCUCUCUACUGCUUUUUACGGUGGGCUUGGCGUAGCUCUCUUUCCAUUUGAUCUUGUCAAGACCCGACUCCAAGUGCAGAAAGUUGACAUCCGUUACAACGGCACCAUCGAUGCCUUGAGAAAAAUCAUCCGCCUAGAAGGAUUUAGGGGACUUUACAAGGGUUUUGCAGUAAGUCAGCUAUUCUUACUUACUGGCAAUAUCAACUCCACGAGCUAUGAAGUCACCAGGGAACAGCUCUCAGGGUUCUCUGUCGCAAUUAGAGGCUUUAUUGCUGGUGGUUUGGCCUCGCUUAUUGAGCAAUCACUUGGGAACCCGGUGGAGGUUAUGGCCCAAAGACUUAUGGUCGAGGGAACUGGAAAAAGGAGGGCUAAAGGGGUUUAUCGCCCAGUGGCUUUCCGAGUGGUGAGGAAUGUGUAUAAAGAACAUGGGAUAUCAGGAUUCUAUCGUGGGUUUCUUGUGUCUGUUAUUAAUAGCAGUUUUUGGAGCGGCAUCUGGUGGGCUUCCUAUGGAUUGUAUCUGGAGAUGUUUGGUCAGUAUGCGCCUAGUGGUAGCCCCCAUGUUGUAAUCCAGGGUCUAUCGGGAGCGCUGUCAGGUGUAACAGCUGCUGUACUGUGUAAUCCUCUUGAGAUUAUGCGUGUUCGUUUACAGGUUGAAGGAGGCAAAUCAUUAACUCAGGCAUUCAAAUCCCUACUUAGGAAUGAAGGCGCUUUAGCGUUGACCAAAGGCAUGCUUCCCAGCGUCAUCUCUGAGGUGCCAACUAGUAUGGUUAUGAUAGUAGGGUACGAGACAUUGAAGAAAUUUAGCCUUAAGGAAAUUGAAUUUGACAGCUAACACCCAGUAUGGUCAUGAUAAAAGGGUACAAGACAUAUAAGAGGCUCAGCCUAAAGGAAAUUGAAUUUGAUAGCUAACAUAGCCAUGAUACAUGUAGUAAGCAGCAGUGUAUAUAUGACCAAAAUUUUGGCUGUAGUAUUAAACAUGCCAGUAGGUUAUCAAGCACAUUUAUCACUGAAUAAUUAGAAUCUUGCAGGUGAUGCAGGCAAUGUAGUUUUGUUUUAUUUAACCCUAAUAAUGACAAACAACAACAACAAUUUAGUGUCAUAUUGUUUAAGAUUUUUUUGCCCAACAUUUUUAUUGGCUGAAGGAUAUAGUAAACAGUAAUUACAUUUUUUUUAAAUACACACACUCUUCCAGUACUGACAUGUACUGGUAUUCACAAGUGGGGAAAUGGGGUAAAUUGCUUGAUUAAAGGGGUUGUUGAAACAGUUGGCUGGACAGGAUAUCUUCUCUAUCCAGGGUAUGUACUGUAGUACACAGCUAUAAUAUGAAGACCACAUAAUAUUUUAAUCACAGCGUAUUUUGAUAUACUUUAAUAAGAGUGGAUUUGCUAAUUGGCAUGGGGUGGAUGGGUGGGGUGGGGGGGGGGCACCCACACCCUGGGUCCAUCCCUAGGUAACUUCCCUGGGCAUUGUAAAACAAUCCCUUUUAACAGGCUUUAAAACCUAUUUACCAAAUUGUUUCACAACAAUAUGCUCACAUUCUUCUCCUAUGCUUAUAGCAGUGUAACUAUGGUUUCUAACAUAACAUUUCUUUAUAACAAGUUCCAUCUUGGAACUCUGGGUCUAUUAUAAUGUGCAGUUAAGUUAGUUGUAAGUGUUGAUACCACUAACCUGGACCACAUUGUCUGGCAGCAACACUAUUUUACUUAUUAUUUUUCAAUAUCUACAAUUUUGCUAUUCAGUCAAAACAAUGCUUAGCAUUUCAUGACUGUACUUUUCUGUUAAAAAUCACUCAUCUUUGGGUGAAAUAAAUGCAUUGUCCUUAAAUCCCACCUUCACCAAACUCUUUAUUGAUCCUGCACACAGGAAUCCUUAUGGCCCAAUAGGCUUCCAGUCAUUCUCAAAUUUUUGGAUUUCUCACUGUGUACUCCACUUUUUAACAUUGGCUGAUUAAAUAAGACAAAUGCAUGUCUGUCCCUCUAAGAUCUUGUCCUGGACUUUAUCACUUGAUGUUGACUUCUCAGCCUGUGUGGCCAGGAAAGCACAGACAAACGCACCAAUGGUAGCCCCUAAGGUAGCAUAGAAAGCCCAGCCAAAUGAACAUUCAUUCAUAACAAAGGGGUCAGCUUUUUGGUAUCUAAUGGCACAGAGCUUUUCUACUCGUCGGUUGCCCCAGCCAGCAGGAUAUAGUACCAGACCAAUAACAAGGAACAAUCCUAAAACAUAACAAAAUAGUAAAAUCAUGUCAUUAAGCAAUAUCGAGUCAAUAUACACCCAAUUAAUGUCAGGAAAUGAUUGUACAGUAAAAGAUAAGAGAAUUUUGGUUUAAAGUACUGUGAUAGACGCCA